AUGAUUCUCAAUGUGUGUGAAACAUUUAAGGGUAUUGAGGAACUAUUGAAUGAUGAUUUUUAUCUCCAUGGUAUAAAUGACAAUACUAAAUUAUUAGAAAUUUAUUGUCCUAUUAGCAGUGAAACGGGGAAAAGAGAAUGUAAAACUGCCAGUCAAAGAGUUAAUGCUGCUACUGUAUUAUUAUUUAAUCAUUUAUUUAGCGGAGAUGAAAAUAUAGAAUCUGAUAAUAAAAAUAACGAAUAUAUCAUGUAUAUUAUGCUAUGGUUAAGUAGUAAAAUGAAUCUAAUUACAGAUGGAACUUACGGAAGCGUGUCAGAUUUUUAUACUACGUUUAUAAAAAAUGGUGAUGUUGAUGUUGAUGUUGAUGAUAAUUAUUAUUAUGAUUAUUUUGAUAAAAUCUCUGAAAAAAAAGAAAUAAUGAAAAUUAAAAUUGAAGGAAUGCAUGAACUUUAUGAGUUACUUAAAGAUCUGUGUAAUGCAAUUAAUAAUUCUUCCGAAGAUUCUUCAAAUUGCUCCGAUUGUUCAAAUUUUGCUAAUAAAUGGAAAGACCAAUCCAAUAAACUUGUUGAAAAAGAAACUAAGGUUUAUGAAGAUGAGUAUUAUUGUGAUGUGCUGUUAACUUUAAAAAAAGCUUAUGAGAAAUUUAAAAAAGAUAAUGGUAUCCAAAAUAAACUUCCAGAACUCGAAAAAAUAGAAAAAAUAAAUAAUUGUAAGGAAUUAUGUAAAGAUGCAAACAACUCGUGGAGAAUUAUAGAUGCGAGUUCCCAAGAUUUAUCGAAUGAAAUAGAUCGAAAUUUUAGUGACAUUUUAAAAACAAUUCCCUCUAAAGAUAAAAAGAAAUAUCGGAUACUGAAGAAAUUUGUGAAAAUUAUAAAAAAAAUAACGAUCAAGAAGAGAAGAAUAGUGAAAAAAAAGAAAAGAAAAAAAGUAAUUGUCAAAGCACCGAUGAAUAAAAAACAGAGUAACAAGCAUCAAGGAUCAAGCCAAGGAGGAAAACAAUCAGUUACAGAAGAACCAUCACAAAUUUCAGAAGAUGAAUCAUAUUCAGAAGAUGAAUCAGAUUUAGAAGGUGAAGAAGAAGAUAGUGAACAAACCGAACCGAAGAAUAAUUAUCAAAACACCGAACAACAAAAUACAGUAGAUCAAGCAUCAAACCAAAGUGAUAACCCAUCAUAUUCAGAAGGUGCAUCAUCAGCUUCAGGAAAUGAACUAGAAAAUAGUGGAAAAUCACAAGAAGACUCUGAAGAACAAACAAAUACAAAUUUAUCAACGAAAACGAACAAUCAAACAGUAGUUCAAGAACAAUCUGGUGCAGAACCAGAAACAGAUUCAAAACCAGAACCAGAACUAGAACCACAGUUAAAAUCACAGACAGAAUCACCACUACCACCACCACCACAAGCACAACAACAUCAACCAUCAUUGUCACAACCAGAACAAGAACAAGAACAAACACAGAUAAAAUCACAGAAAGAAUUAGCACCACAACAAGAACCAUCAACACCAUCAUCGUCAGAAACAAAAAAACAAGAACAACUAGAAUCUCCAUCUACACAAGAAAAAUCAUUGACGAAACAUGAAACUGGAUUUUUAUAUGGUUUAUAUAAAACGCAUAUUUCAUCUUUUUAUAAAAACCUUACUGAUUAUGGGCAUCGUUUAUAUGAAAGUGUAUCAACUAGCUUAACAAAAGGUUAUUCUGCAUUUAAUAAAAUUUCUAAUGAUUUAAUUAAUCAUCUAAAUAAAGUAAAUGAUACAUUACCAUCAGUUGAUAAUAACAUUCACCAAAAAGAUUCGGGAAGUGAUUUACUUCCAUCUGAUAGUCCAUCAGAAACGCCCUUGUCUUCACCGAUACAAUCUAGUGACAAUAAAGUUGAAGGUGAAAACCAAGAAAAAGAACCUGAAGAUAAAAGCCACGAAAAAGAAACUGAAAGUGGAAGCCAAGAAAUAAAUUCUGAAGAUGAAAAACCAAAAAAAGAAUCUGAAGGUGGAAGUGGAGAUACAAUAAGUGAACCUGAAGGUGGAAGUGAAGAUACAAUAAGUGAACCUGAAGGUGGAAGUGAAGAUACAAUAAGUGAACCUGAAGGUGGAAGUGAAGAUACAAUAAGUGAACCUGAAGUUGGAAACCAAGAAAAUAAAACUGAAGGUAAAGACCAAAUAAGUGAAACUGGAAGUAAAGAUGAAGUACCAAUACCAACACCAGCUCCUGAAGAGCCAUCAAAGGAUUCUAUCAAUAAAAUACAUGAUCAAGGAAUUAAACAACUUCCUCCUGAAAUCAAGGUAGAAAAAGGAAUAUUUGAAAUAGGAUUUCCAGGAGAUGUAUUUAAAGGAUACAAAUUAUUUGUAUAUUUAGUUAUAAUUAUUGGCAUACCCAUUAUUUUAGCACUUAUGUAUAAGUAUUUUUCAUUUGGAUGGAGAAAGGAAUUGAAGAAAAAAAAAAACAUGAAAAAGGUUAUAAAUAUGUUUGGUGGAAAUGAAAAGACAAAAAGAGUUAUAAACCCAACUGAUCGAAAAAAACAAGUACAAAUAAUUAUAAAUUUAUCUAAAAAAAAACAGGAUAAAAAGCUUACAAAUCCAUCUACUCAAAAAAAGCAGGAUGAAAAGGUUACAAGUUCAUCUACUCAAAAAAAACAAACUAAACAGUUUAUAAAUUCCAUUUACUGGGGAAAAUAUCCAUUAUUAAAUAUGUAUAAACUUAUGGAGACCGAUCCUGUACCAUUUAUUAUUUUGUAUUUGGUGUUUAUUUUUUAUGUUUAUAGAAGAAAAUGCGAUUCUUUAGAAUAA